CACGUCUGCGCGCAUGCGCACUGGCCUCAUUUGUGUUCCGGGGCUCGGUCAGUGAAGGAAAUUCGACCAAAGCCCUUCAUUUCUCGUUUUUAUAAACACUUUCUUGUAACUGAGGCACAAGGUUCUUCCUUUAAACACUCAGAAGCAUUGGAUAUUUAAUAUUCAGGAUGAAUUUCUUCAGGGGAGUGAUGGGAGGGCAGACUGCCGGGCCGCAACCGUCAGGAGCGGAGACGAUUCAGAAACUGUGUGACCGGGUCGCCUCUUCAACACUACUAGAAGAUCGCAGAGAUGCCGUCCGAGCGCUUAAGUCUCUCUCAAAGAAAUAUCGUAUGGAAGUUGGCACACAGGCAAUGGAUCACUUGAUAAACAUUCUGCAAACCGACAGAUCUGACUCAGAAAUCCUGGGAUAUGCUUUGGACACACUCUACAAUGUAAUCAGUAACGAUGAGGAGGAAGAACAAGAUGAAUCAGAAGAUGAAAACGCUCAGAAGCAGGCCGACGACCUUGGGACCCAAUUCACAGAGACAUUCAUCCAGGACCCAGAGCAUAUAACCCUGCUCCUCACCAUGCUAGAGGAGUUUGACUUCCAUGUGCGCUGGCCCGGCGUAAAGCUGCUUACUGCUCUCCUAAAGAACCAGGGUGUCCAGGUGCAGGGGAUCAUUCUCGUCAGCCCGAUGGGUGUUUCCAGGUUAAUGGACCUUUUGGCGGACUCGAGGGAAGUAAUUCGUAAUGAUGGCUUAUUGCUGCUUCAGCAGCUGACCAAAGGCAACGCAGCCAUUCAGAAGAUCGUGGCGUUUGAGAACGCCUUCGAACGUCUGCUGGAUAUCAUCACAGAAGAAGGCAGCAGUGAUGGAGGCAUCGUGGUUGAGGAUUGUUUGCUGUUGCUUCUGAACCUGCUGAAGAACAACAGCUCCAACCAGAACUUCUUCAAGGAGGGCUCCUACAUCCAGAGGAUGAAGCCGUGGUUCGAAGUCGGGGACGAUAACUCCGGCUGGUCAGCACAGAAAGUCACAAACCUCCACCUCAUGCUGCAGCUGGUGCGAGUGAUGGUGUCACCUGUGAACUCACCUGGAGCCACAGCCAGCUGUCAGAAGUGCAUGUAUCAGUGUGGCCUGUUGCAGCAGCUGUGUACCAUCCUCAUGGCGACCGGUGUCCCUGCUGACAUCCUCACAGAGACAAUAAACACAGUUUCUGAGGUCAUCAGGGGGUCACAGGUCAACCAGGACUACUUUGCUUCUGUCAAUGCCCCGUCGAACCCUCCGAGGCCGGCCAUCGUGGUUCUGCUGAUGUCCAUGGUGAACGAGAGGCAGCCGUUCGUGCUGCGCUGCGCCGUCCUCUACUGCUUCCAGUGCUUCCUUUUCAAGAACCAGAAAGGUCAGGGGGAGAUUGUCGCAACCCUGCUGCCCUCCACCAUCGACGCUAACUCCAUCUCAGCCGGCCAGCUGCUGUGCGGCGGCCUGUUCUCGGCGGACUCUAUGUCUAACUGGUGUGCGGCCGUGGCUUUAGCUCACACGCUGCAGGACAACCUGACCCAGAAGGAGCAGCUGCUCAGGGUGCAGCUCGCCACCAGCCUGGGCAAGCCACCAGUCUCACUGCUGCAGCAGUGCACCAACAUCCUGUCUCAGGGAGAUAAGAUCGUCCGGCGGGGCAGCAAAGUACAGACCAGGGUGGGCCUUCUCAUGCUGCUCUGCACGUGGAUCAGCAACUGUCCCAUCGCUGUCACACACUUCCUGCACAACCAGGAAAAUGUUCCCUUCCUGACGGCUCAAAUCUCAGAGAAUCUGGGAGAAGACGAACGGCUCGUCCAGGGUCUGUGCGCUCUCCUGCUCGGGAUCUGCAUCUACUAUAACGACAACUCACUGGAAAACUACACCAAGGAGAAGCUAAAGCAGCUGAUCGAGAAGCGCAUCGGGAAGGAAAACUUUGUGGAGAAGCUCGGUUUCAUCACCAAACAUGAGCUGUAUUCGCGGGCGGCGCUGAAGCCGCAGCCCAUUUUCCCGUCUCCGGAACAGAUGCUGUUCGACCACGAGUUCACCAGGCUGCUCAAAGAGCUGGAAGGUCUGAUAACCAAAGCUGUCCACAAGUCCAGUGAGGAGGAGAAGAAGGAAGAGGAGGUGAAGAAGACAUUGGAGCAACAUGAUAACAUUGUAACUCAGUACAAAGAGUUGAUCAGAGAACAGGACGCUCAGAUUCAGGAGCUGAAGGAGAAAGUUUCAUCGAUGACGACUCAGACCGAACAGCUGCAGGCUACAGUCAGUCAGCAGCAGUCUCAGAUUCAGCAGCACAAAGACCAGUACAACAUCCUGAAACUCAAGCUAGGUAAGGAAAACCAGAGUCAGUCUAGCCAGGGGGACACUCAGUUGAACGGGCUGCAGACGGAGGAGCUUUCUCAGCUCAGGGAGGAGCUGGAGGAGCUCCGGAGGCAACAGACGCUCCUGCAGACGCAGCUCAGCGAGAAAGAUGCACUAAUCGACAGCCUGAAGUCGGCAGCAAAAGCAGCUGAGUGUCCAGCAGGAUCAGACAACACUGAGCUUCUCCAGGAACUGGAGGCAUUAAAGAACCAGGUUCAGACCCAUUUGGCAGAAAUCAGCCACCUGAAGGCCGAGAGGCAGGAGCUGCUGAGGAGAGCGGAAGCAGGGCCCUCUGACACAGCGCCCCCUAGUGACGGCUCCUCAGAUGCAGCCAAGGCAGAACUGGAGAACCGACUGGCGGCUCAGACGGCGGAGAUGGAGCAGCUGAAGGAGAAUCGAUCAGGACUGGAGCAGCAGCUGGCGGCGGCCACCAGCACGGCGGCCAUCUUGCAGACGGAGAAGGCCAAGCUGCAGACGGAGGUCCAGGAGUCCAAGAAGGAGCAGGACGACCUGCUGAUGCUGCUGGCGGACCAGGACCAGAAGAUCCACAGCCUCAAGCAGAGACUCAAAGACCUGGGAGAGACGGUGGAAGAUGAAGACGACCUGCGGGACCAGACCUCUGACGAAGAUGACGAAGACGAGGAUUAGAGAGGAAACACUACAGAGAGAAGAAGAGACUUCCUGCCUGAGAACCGGAGGACCGGCUUCGCGCUCGCCGAUCCGGUUUCUCCUCCCGGCUGCCAUGUUGUCUUCGUUUCCCCGUGUGUUGAGUUUCUGGACGUUUCUGUGUUCAAGCUGAGGUUCUUCUCAGAGGUUUAAGCUCGUCAGUGCGUUCAUCUCCACAGUGUUCCCCCGUCGGCAUUUUAUUUUAUUCUGCUGUUCUACGUUUUCUAAUCACAAACACAGAGUCUAGGUUGAUUUUAACAUCGUUUGAAGUGGGAAAUCGGCUGUGGAGUUUGGAAAGUAGCACACUUCACCUGGAUUUCCUCCAUUUCUUCUCGACGGCUAAACCGCUCUACGAUAUGCUGCAAAACACUGAAAAACAUGUAAAGACCACAGAAAAUAAGACGUAUUUUUUCAACUUUUUGUGCAGUUCUGGCAUCCAGCUUCUGUAUGAUACUGUGUAACUUAUCAAUUUAAGAGCCACAUUGAAAAGAAUUAAUAAUCUAUCUGUAUGCCGUAUGGAAAAAAUAUUUGUAGAUAAAUUAAAUUUUACUAAAUCUACAACCCAA